UGUUAACUAUAAGCAGAAAUGUAAUCUCUUUGCUACCUGAAUUAUUAAUGAUGUUAAAAACUAAUUUUUAUAUCUUCAAAUGUGUAAAGGAGAAUUUAUUGUCAAGUUUCAUACAUAUGUAUAUAUAAAUAAACUUGGUACUUUAAUUAUAAUUACGUUUCCAGGAUUGUAUCUCGUUCCAGUUGCCUGAAUAACUUUUAAAUCUUAUCUAAGAAUCCUGGGCUUCCUAUGCAAUUCAUUCAAGUCCGCACAGUUUUUGCCCUGACUAGCUCCAUCUCUCUCGGACCUCUUUGUCGUAUGUUGGCCGCAUUAUCCUUUCAUUGUACAAACGGGACGGGGCGAUUCCAUCAGUGUUGACAGUUCAUUGGUGUGCACCUGCCUUGACAGUUUUAGGGGCACUUAAGUCUUUUUCGAUAUUUAAGACCAUUUUUCCUAAAUUCUAACGAGGUCUUAGAAGAUCUGCAUUGACGAGUCAGUCUCCCUAUUGACAUGCCAACCAGAUUUUUUGCUCAUGACCUCUGUGCAAUAAAUAAACGUGUUCUUCCACUUUCUUAUUUCUAAUCUGUACGACAUCUUAAAGCAAAAUCUUCAAAAUAAAUCAACGUCAACUGACUGUAAAUUAGGUAAGCAAACUUUUGUUUCCAAAGGCAACUUGAUAUUAUUUUUCGUUUGUUAAAAUUAAAGCCAAUGAAUUUUGUGUCAAAACUUAUUGGACAUGUUAUGUAAGAUUUAAAGAUAACAUAUUUUUGCAGUGUAGGUACAGCUCCUAUUCUUUAGGACUGUACACUGGCGUAUCUAAAUACAGUUCUGGAGAGGCCUCAGCAGGGUAACCACAGACACAUUGGGACCGUUCACCCAACGAAAAGUGGUCCAGCGAUGCCGUGCUUCUUGCUGAAUAACAGUAGUUGUGGCAUAGCUUUGUCAGUUGGCAACAUUGACGAACAUAGUAUCAGAUCUGCCAAGUAAAAAUUACUGUUAAACUGACAAAGCCUUCCCAAGGCUACUGUCAUUCAGCAUAAUAGCGCUGGACCGCUUCCUGUACAUUGGCGGAACAAUCAGUUUUACUUAUUAGUUUUUCGGCUACUCAUUUUUACUAAAUUUUUCCUGAAAUGCUCAUCUCUCUAUUUAUUUUUAAAUGUUCAAAAAUGUAGUGAUCUGCUCAGGUAGUUCAAUGAAAAGAAUAAGCAUACUCCCAUUUCUCUUCAUUUCUGAUGAAUAUAUGUGUUUAAGUAAGUUCUGUUUAAGCAUAUUGCUCCCACCCUAUCUUUAAUUUUUUCAAUCGCUACUGGUAAUUUUUCUUCCCAAAAUUCUUGUUCUCACUUUUUUCGAGAUUCCGGCCUGUGAACAAUAUCAUAAAGCCCCACCUCUGCAUGUGUUAUCAAAGGGGUUUGCAGCAAGCGCUUGUGACGCUUUCACAUGUUCAAACAUGAUUAGACAUGUGGUGCACAACUAAACAGAACUUCGUUUGGCUCAACGCAGUACUUAGUUCAAUUAACCCUUAACCACAGACAUCCGGUCAAAAUGACCGGCUGCAAAUUUCAACUGCUGAAAUUCAUCGCAUCCCCACCACUAUCGCUUAUGAGCUUCUACAUACCUUCCUAACACUUAGUUUGAUGCUAUUAGCCGGUGGAUGGAGACUGUAUUACUUGAAGCAAGCGAAAUAUCGUAGUUCAAAGUUCGCAACCGGUAAUAAAUACCGGAGGUCUGUAUAAACAUAAUAAUUUGGAUAUGUUGAAUUAUUAUUUUUCUGAUGUUUUUAGCCUUAUAAAUUGAGUAUGGACUCUAAUUCUGGGCCCUCAAAGAGAGUAAAAUAUGGAGAUGCUGAUUUUGAAGCUACUUUACUGAAAUGGGCAGAGGAAGUCGAUUCUGGUGGAAGCGAUAUCAAAUCAGAUGGCGACUAUAUAGUAUCGGAUCAUGACACUGAGUCGGAGGUUGAAUUCGACGAAGAGGACAACGAAAAUCUAGGUGAAAUCAGUCAUACCGAGAUAAUCCAGAAAUGAACCGCUAUCAUUUUGGAAAAAAGUUAGCAGUGCUUUUGGUAACUCCACAUAUGCAACGCCGAUAUUAAAAUGUGCGUAUUGGUCGUGAAAUUAAAAUAUCUAUAAGACGCAUACUACAAUUGGAACAAGAAGAAAAUCCUAUGGAAGGUGAUAAACUGAAUACAAGAACAACUUGUAGACGUUGUCCCUCGAAGAAGGAGAGAAAAACGUUACAUGUUUAGCAGUCUACAAAUUUCGCGUAUGAUUACACGAAGUCCACUGAACUUGCGGAUGAUGAUGCGUGUCUGCAGAGAUUAUCUUUGGCGUACGAACGGCUGCAUAUAAUGCCUAGGAUUUUGCUGGAGGGGCUGGCAAAUCACGUCAGAAUAUUGGAUAUAAGUCACAAUGAAUUCGACAACUUAGAUUUCUUAAGUGAACUGAAAGUACUGACAUCUCUUAUCUGUGAUCACAACAACAUUACCUCCGACACCACGAUACCAUACUUACCUAAACUAGAAUUGCUCUGGAUGAACCAUUGCAAGAUAUCAGAACUGUAUCCAUGGGCCAAAAGAUUAUCACUAUCGUGCCCUAACUUAAAGUAUUUGUCACUCAUGGGAAACGCUAUAACUCCGACUUACUUGAAUUGUGCUAACAUCUACGAAAAAAUUCACUAUAGAUUGUUUAUGGUCUCCUUGUUUCGAAAACUAGUCCACCUAGACGACAGAGCUGUCAGCAACCACGAAAGAAACCAAGCACAAAAACUCUAUCCAAGGUCCCUAAUGGAAAGGCUGGUGACGAAAUCGCAGCAAACUAUGCCGGAGUGUCUCAGAAACGUUUCAGGAAAGGUAUCGGAAAUGUUACAGGUCACUCCUGACUUCAUCAGCGAGCAGCUCCAUCAUAAGAAAAACGGAAUUAUUUGACGUCUACUACGUACUUAGAUAUAGUAGCGUUGUUACUUUUGCUAAACACAACAUGUCAAUAAAGUUUUGGCAAAGCAUAUUUUAUGAAAUUUGUUUUUAACAAGUUCGAAAAAC